AAAAUAUGAGUUUAGCAUUCGAUGACUAUGGCAGACCAUACAUUAUUUUAAGGGAUCAAGGCCAAAAGAAGAGAAUGAAGGGUUUGGAAGCAUAUAAAAGCAAUAUUUUGGCUGCCAAAGCUGUUGCAAAUACACUUUCAUCUUCUCUUGGUCCUAAGGGUAUGGAUAAGAUGUUGGUGUCUCCAGACGGCGAUGUCUCAGUAACAAAUGAUGGAGCAACAAUUGUCGAGAAGAUGGUAUCGAAACAUUUUAAUAUGAAUUAUAGGAAAUAUAGCAUCCAACCGCAAAAUUAUUGGUGGAAUUGUCAUAAUCAUAAGAUGCUGAAAUAGGAGAUGGUACCACAGGAGUAGUAGUCUUGGCUGGAAAGUUGUUGGAGCAAGCACUCACUUUGUUGGACAAAGGAAUCCAUCCAUUGAAAAUUAGUGAUGGAUUCGACAGAGCAUGCGAUGUUGCAAUAAGUAUAAAUUCCAUAUCCUACAACUCUAGAACAUCUGGAAACCAUAUCCGAAGAAAUCGAUAUCCAAGCUAAUGAACAUGAGGCUUUGAUCUAAGCAGCAUGCACAGCCCUUGGAUCAAAGGUUGUGUCUAAAAGAAAGAGAGAACUUGGUAAGAUUGCUGUCACUGCAGUUUUGGAUGUGGCUGACUUAGCCAGAAGAGAUGUGAAUUUGGAUUUGAUUAAAAUUCAAACCAAAACUGGAGGAAGUGUUGAAGACACCAGAUUGAUAUCAGGAAUUCUCAUUGACAAAGACAUGAGUCAUCCACAAAUGCCCAAGGAAGUCAAAGAAGCCAAAAUCUGUUUAUUAACAUGUCCAUUUGAACCACCCAAACCCAAGACCAAGCACAACAUUAACAUUUCUAGUGCAGAAGAUUACAAGAAAUUAUAUCUAUAGGAAUAACAAUACUUUGUUGACAUGGUCAAACUAGUCAAAGAUAGUGGAGCCAACAUUGCCUUAUGUUAAUGGGGUUUUGAUGAUGAAGCCAAUCACUUAUUGUUAUAAAAUGAACUCCCUGCCGUUAGAUGGGUAUCUGGAACUGAUGUAGAACUCAUCGCUAUGGCCACUGGAGCUAGAAUCAUUCCCAGAUUUUAAGAAAUUACACCUGAAAAAUUAGGAAAAGCUGGCUCAGUCAAAGAAGUACAAUUCGGAACUUCCAAUGAAAGAAUGUUAGUUAUUGAGAAUUGCCAAUGCACCAAGGCUGUCACCAUUCUUAUUAGAGGAGGAAGUCAAAUGAUCGUCGAUGAAGCUAAAAGGUCUAUCCAUGAUGCUAUCUGUGUCAUCAGAAACUUAAUCAAAGAUAAUAGAAUUGUCUAUGGAGGAGGUUCUGCUGAAUUAGCUUGUGCUAUCCAAGUACUCCAAUAUGCUGAUGAGGUAUGUCAUAUAUAAUAGUUUAGGUCUCAUCAGUUGAAUAAUAUGCCAUCAGAUCAUUCGCAGAUGCCUUAGAAGGUAUUCCCUGUUGUUUGGCUGAUAAUUGUGGUCUUAAUCCUAUUACAUCUGUUGCUCAAGCCAAGGCUAGACAAUUACAAGAAAGCAAUCCAAGAAUCGGAAUUGAUUGCAUGGAAUUAGUAAUUAUCAUCUAUUAUAUUAAAGGGUACAACUGAUAUGAAAGAAUAGAGAAUUUAUGAAACCUUGAGCUCAAAGAAACAAUAAAUCUAAUUGGCCACCUAAGUUGUCAAGAUGAUAUUGAAAAUAGAUGAUGUUAUUGCACCAGAUGAUUAUUGAGUAUUAAAUGAUAUUAUGUUCAAAAAUUAUGUUAAAUAUUU